ACGCCGAACCCGCUUCGCUUUGCUUUCCAAUCUCUCAUCCUUCCUGACAGUCCGAUCGCCUCCAUUUUAACCAGAAGGCUCUCCGCAGUCGAAAGAGGAUUAAAUUGCCACCAUAUGCAUCCCGAGAUUGCGUUUCGAUUAAUAUUUUACAAGUUCUUUUCCUGUCUGUGCUCUGCGUGGAUUGGCUGGCUAGCUCUUUUGUUUGGAGGUGAAAUGAUGCUGAAGUGAUGCUGCGUCGCUCUUUCCACCCUCUGUAGAUCAACAUCGUCAUCACCAGUAUGGAUCUGAUCGAAGAGCCCAAUAUGAAACAAUUUGGACUAAUAAAACCGGACUUCUGUCAAAAUCUUAAGUGUUUAUAACGCUGUUCGAGAUAAUACUUAAGUUAACGCGUCAUUGGCAGAAAUCUUACAAAUGCGCAGAUGAAACUCUGCAACUGAGAAUACGGCACUGUGAGACAAUUUAAACACUCACACACACACGUACAGAUACACUUAUAACUCCUUCCUAACACACACACACACUAACACACACACACUCACAGACAAAUAUACUCACAGAUGGCACUGGACAACACUGGCUUCUCCACAUGUCCCGAAUCCCUGUCUGUCCCGGUCCCAGAGAAAGGGGAGGAGCAAGUGGAGGAGGCUCAAAAAGAUGCUCCAGCUCCAACAGCACAGAACACAUCCGAGGAGCUGGGGAACAUGGUAACCACAGAGACGGCUCCACCUCCAAAGUCGACAACCAAUAACAACAUGUCUUUCCAAGACAAAUUGGCUGCAAGGGAGGCACAAGCUAAUCAGCCCCGGAAGAAAGUUCAGGGGGCGGGGCAAGAGAGGGGCAGAUUUGGAUGGGCACGCAACAAGCGUAAGAGGCAGCGUUAUGUGGAGAAAAACGGACGUUGUAACGUGCAGCAUGGUAACAUGCGUAAGACAUAUCGUUACCUGACGGAUAUUUUUACCACCCUGGUGGAUCUAAACUGGCGCUGCUCUCUCUUCGUCUUUGUCAUGGCAUAUGCGGUGACCUGGCUGUUCUUUGGAGCAAUAUGGUACCUCAUUGCAUACUGCAGGGGCGAUCUGGAUCAUUUAGAAGAUAAGACGUGGACUCCAUGUGUGAAUAAUGUUAAUGGAUUUAUCUCUGCGUUCCUUUUCUCCAUCGAAACAGAGACGACCAUUGGCUAUGGUCACCGUGUCAUCACUGACCAGUGUCCAGUGGGAACCAUGUUACUUCUGCUGCAGGCUAUACUGGGAUCUAUGGUCAAUGCUUUCAUGGUUGGAUGUAUGUUUGUGAAGAUCUCGCAGCCGAAUAAGCGUGCAGAGACGUUGGUGUUCUCUCGUAACGCUGUUAUCUCACUGCGGGAUGACAAGCUCUGUCUAAUGUUCCGCGUCGGGGAUCUGAGAUCCUCCCACAUUGUGGGCGCCAACAUGCGAGCCAAACUUAUCAAAUCCAAACAGACGCAAGAGGGUGAGUUUAUUCCUCUGGAUCAGACAGAUAUCAGCGUGGGCUUUGAGACGGGGGACGAUCGUUUGUUCCUGGUGUCUCCACUGGUGAUCUCUCAUGAGAUCGAUGUCCGCUCUCCAUUCUGGGACAUGUCCCAAUCCCAGCUGGAGAAAGAGGACUUUGAGGUUGUCGUCAUCCUGGAGGGGAUGGUGGAAGCUACAGGUAUGACCUGUCAGGCGAGGAGCUCGUACCUGGCUGAAGAGCUGUUAUGGGGUCACAGGUUUAGUCCGAUGAUGUCACUGGCCGAGGGAUUCUUUGAUGUGGACUAUGGGGCUUUUCACCACACAUUUGAGGUGAACACGCCCUCCUGCUCUGCAAGAGAGCUGGAAUUAGCUGCUGCUCGUUUGGAUGCUCAUCUCUAUUGGUCAAUCUCCAGUCGCCUUGAUGAAGAGAAAUGGGAGGGGCCUAAUCUGACUGAGCAAACGGAAAAGACCACUGAUUUGGAAUCUGUAAGGGAGGGAGACGGGCCAACAUUUAUUGUGGGCGGAGUUACAAAUACCCAGGACCAAUCGGUUGUAGGGGAGCAGAACGGCAGUGUCACAACUGACCAAUCAGAGUCUGAGGCUUGAAAGGAUGCAAGGAAAAGGUACGGAAAAUGUUCGAAGGAGUCCACUAUUCAUGUAAAUUUAACUUAGAUUUAACAUGCGAUUUUUCAGUGUAUAGUCGCUAAUUCCUAGCAAAGAAUACUUUCCCCAACGGGGAAUUCCUUGUGUCACCAUGCUGUGUUUUCAGUCAGAUUUAAACUUCAGAUGUUUCAUACAACACUGCCUUUGAAUUCAAACAUAAGCUCUGUUUCAAACUUUAGUGAGCUGCCUUGCUGUCUGCUGUCUACAUAGGCAGUUACUCUACAGUAUAGUACUAAGGCAUCAUCCUAACUGAAAUGGACCAUCAUAAAUGACUGAUUUGGAAGGCAGCAACUCUGCACGCCACACAAAAAACAUUCCUCAUACGAAGCGCACAAAUACAAAUUUGAUGUUUGCGUGUUGCUAUACUAUAUUAAGCUUAAAAAUAACUCUUAUAAGUAAUGCUCUUUAGAAUCUGGCCAUAACAAAAUACCUUAAGCCACGUCCACACUAAUACAUUUUCGAUCAUAAGUCUUUCAAAAAUACUUCCUAGUACUCUAAAUGGAAAACGUCCACUUAGUAGGCUGAAUAAUAUAUCUGCCUAACUUUAUGAACAGGCUUUGCUUUGGGAACGCAUACAGUAUAUAAUUUCAUUAGGUUUCGGAACAGAGCCAAUGUCUGAUUUGUAUUUGUAUCAAUCAAAGAAGUGAACUAUCAAUCUUAAAGGGAUAGUUCACCAAAAAAUGACAAUUCUGUUAUCAUUUACUCACCCUCAUGUUGUUCCAAACCCAACUUACUUUCUUCAAUGAAACACAAAAUUAGAUAUUUUAAUGAAUUAAAAUCAUUAGAUAUUUAAUGUAUCAAGUCCUAGCUUUUCAAUAAAUAUUAGUCGAUAAUGCCAUACUUUAAGGCAAAAAAAAAAAAAAAAUGACCCAAAAGUAUCAUUAAAGUAGUCUAUCAGCCCUCAGAUUUAACUCGCCAAUUGAGCUGUGUAGUGGCAAAGCACCAAGAUUCCUUUUACUGAAUAAAUAGCUGGCGAUUAAGAAGCUGGAUUCAGUCUCGUCUUUUACUGCAUGUUGUGUCUCGUGAGCGCGCACUCUGAAGGAAAUGUACCUUAUUUGGCUGCAGUGGUACCUGAGGUGUCAUGGAUCGCGGUGUCACCAUCAUGUUAGUUGAGCCAUGGUAUGCCAUAUCUACAUUUACAUUGCAUGUAACCACGUCAAAUCUGAUUUUGGUUAAACUUUUCAACUUUCCACUGACUGUUUUCACAACAUGCUUUGUUUUACAGCAUGGAUACAGACCAGUAAUGCGCCUGUUAGAAGGUAAAAACAUUUUCAAGAGCUUGUAGAUUUGAAUUUGAAAACUUGUACAAUAAAUAUUUGUGCCAGCAAGUCAGCUCACAUUAUGCAAGUAAAAGUUUUCUUUUGCUUCAUGCCGUGUAUUUUGUGUCCAAAGACGAGAUGCAGGCACCCCAUUUUCAUUUCAUGCUUUUAAUAGUCUAUCCUUUCUGUUAAUUACAGUCAGUUGGUGAUCAAAAAGUAAAAAAUAAACAUUAGUUCUAUUCAUACACUGCACGGAUGAGAGAAAAACAACUAAGAACAUUUGCUAGCGGAGCUGCUGGUUCUCUUAAAGAGACAGUACCAUUUUAGCGCUUGUUAUACAUAGGCAACAGUAUCAAUGUAAACUCAAUGUAAAUCGCACAGGUGCAUAAAAAAAAAAUACAAUAAAAAAUGUGUUAUGUAGCAAGUGUAAUAAAUGUGUAUAUACAUAAUUAUUUAAAGGCACAAUCAUACAUUAUGAAGUAUUUUAACUUCAGAAAACACUGUAAAUAUUAAAGAAUUUAACAAAUAGUCUCUUGCAGUAUCUAUGCAGGGGUUUUGGUAAAACUGUCUUUUUUUUCGUUUUUUUGUGUGUGUUUUUUGCAUAGUCAUUUUGAUAUAGUAGCACUUAAAUUAUUAUUUUUGUAAAAUAAUUAUUAAAUAAUUAUUAUAUUUGUAAUUCUAUGUUCACUAUUAGGUUCCAACCUUGUGAAUAUUUUGUUGAAAAAUGUGUAUGAAAUAAUCAAAUUGUGAAAAAAGCUGGUAUCAUGCAAUUGAAAUGCAAUUUCAUGACAUAUGAAUUGAUAGAAUGUGAAUGUGAUUAAAAUGAUGAAAAGUGAAAUAUAAAAUAAAAUGUACAAUCCCGCAUACUAUAUUGUGUGAAGUCAUAUAUAUGAAUACUAAAGAUAUGUGAAUAGGCCCCUUUUUGAUUUGCUUAAUGUCUUUUUCAGGUUUCAUUUCCAUUUCGCUCACAUGUCGUCAAAAGUCUGGCAAGUAAAAACAAAGAUUUACUAGCCAAAGGAUAUGCUUUCUCUAACAUAUCCAUAAAGGGUUGGUCUAUGCGACUCUUGCGUCAUAAUCUUCUGAUGGCAUGCAAUAUGUUUUGGUGAUAAACCCAAAAAUUGAAGUCAUUUUCAGCGAAAAUCUUGUAUGUUGCGCGUCCAUGAGCGCUAUGAGAGAAGCUUGUGCACAAGUCAUGCAGGUUUGGAACAACAUGAGAGUGAGUAAAUGAUGAGAAUUUUACAUUUUGGGUGAACUAUCCUUUUAAACGUUUCAACUGCCUUUCUUUCAUAAGUGUUCAGCCAGUGCGGUUCUGAGGUACAAACCAGUACUAUUUUUAAAAUAAUCGCUUAGAACAUGUCUGUGCAAGUUGUUUACUGUACCAUUGGUUAGAUUCACAUGUACCUGAAAAAGAUGUGGAAAGUGUUACUAUGGCGACAUUACAUUCCAGUUAGCAACAUCACAGCAGAGUGUAGCGUUAGCUGAGAGCGAGGCAAUGUUAAAAUUAGAACGCUCAUUUGACCGCCGUCCAGAGUUUUGCCUGGGAAAGUCAUUCACUUUAUAUUCAGAGUUUAAGUGGCAUGUCACUAGACAUGAUUAGACAACAAAUGAAUUAAAAUUAAAAUAAGGGAGAUUUUACACAAUCCAGUGAUUGAUCAACUGUUGCCAAAAUAAAUUAUUCAAUACACAGGACACAUUAUUAUUCUUCCUUCCUCUUGUUUUAUUUGAUUAUAAUGUGUCCAUAGCAACAAUACAAUAACUAAUUGCUCACAUAUUGUUGCAGCAGAGCAAAGUGCCAUUCACUUUCAGAAAAAAAAAAGCAUAACAUGCCAAGUCAGAAAGCAGGAAAGAAUGAGAGAGAUAGAGAAAUUGUAAAGUGUACAUUCAAGACCCCAUGAAAUUAAAACGUGAGAUUUGUAACUUUUACUCCAUAUCUUUUAGAUUUGAGGCCAUCUUUAUGCUAGUGUACUCCUAAAGGUCGACCAAAUUAACUUUUAGCAGAUACAAAUUUCAGGUGUUUUAGCAGAUACAAAUUUAAAAUGUAAAGCAGGGACUAAAAACGAAAUGUUUUUCAUUUCAGUUCAUUCUGAGCAAAAACUGUAUUUUUUUCCAUUCCGGUUCAAAAGUUCCGCAGCCUCCUUUGAAAUGGUUACCGGUUAGAACAAAGAAUGGUUCAUAACGUGACAGUAUUCUGCACUAAGGCGUGGGGGAAGUACCAAUGGCAGCGUUGCCAUAUCUCACAAGAGAAGCAAGAAAUCUGGUCUGGAAAAUCAAGCUCAAAAUAAGCCACUUGCCUCAAAAUAAACAAAAAGUUAGCGAUUUAUCACAAUAGAGUUAAGUACAAUUUUAAUUAAAGAUCUGCUUCUGAGUCACAGCUCGGCAGCAUCAAAUCUGUAUUAAUACAUCAUAUCUAUCAAUAAUUCAGUGAAGACUUGGAAACAACUGAGAAAAGUACUUUUUACCUCUAAUAAUGUUUUCCUUGUAUCUGAAUUAGCCGUGCAUGUAUAUGUAGUAAUUAUACAUAGUUGUUAAAAAGGUCUUCUUUCACAGAAUACAACAUCCACAACGGACAAUAAGGCAAAGAAAUGUGUGAUGCAGCAUUUUCCUUCAGGCUCAAAGCACGUUUCAUUUUUUCAGGCAACAUGAAGUUGUGUAUUUCCAAAAAUAUACCGUGAUAAAGCCUUUGGCCUUUAGUUUCAUGAAAAAAUUAUCGGAACAAAAUUAACCGGUUAUAACUGGUUUCCAGCAUUUAAAAAUAAAGUUUUCACUCUGGAACAAUUGAACAUCACUUUGUUAUGGUUUUGGUUACUUUCUGCUAAAAAUGUCAUUCGUUUUCCAUUUUCAUUUCUUGAACCGUUUUUAGUCCCUGAUGUAAAGCCUUUCUCUUCCUGGAAAACAGACGAACAAUAUUGUUUCCUCAUCUUGAACUCAUGGGUGUAUACACGUUUUUGUCCAAUAAAACAACACUACAAUUCACUUAACAUUUUGCGGUUUUAAUUUGCAUAGUUUUAAAGAGGAAUAGAUUAGUUUUGAAAUUUGAGAGAAUUUUUGGUCAUAUGAUGCCGUCUGUUUAAUGCCAAAAGAGCUGAACACAAAGGUGUAGAUAAGAUUCACAUAUAUACUGUAUAUAUAUAUAUAUAUAUAUAUAUAUAUAUAUAUAUAUAUAUAUAUAGUUUUUAGUUUUUAAUUUAGACACUAUGAUUUCCUCUGGGACAAUCUGGAACAGUAAUCCCCAUAUCAACACUUAUUCAUCAUGUGUCGAAGAAAUCAGACUUAUCUUGGGCCUGUUACAUGGUACAUGUUGUAUUAACAUAAACUUAUGCUGAAAACAGCUGAAAAUACCAUAUUUGCACUUACGGAAUUUAAUGUAGGAAACACCUUAAUGGUAACAAACGAAUGUGUGUUUAUGUUGACUUACGUAAGUAGAGUAAUUUAUGUGUGGUAACCUAUAACAGUCAGUCUGGGCACUUUUGUGACAUUUUAUUAACAAAAGCUUUGAUUACAUCAGGGUGAGUUGCAACUGAAUUGGCUCCGACAGUAAUUAUAAAGGCACUGAGAAAGUUCUGUGUUUUUCCCGAAAUGUUCUAAUUUGUGCUGACUUGUAUGUGAUUUGUAGCUCACUUUAAUGUCUUUAGCACAUGAUAAGCACAAACCUGGAUCCAUGCAGGUCUUCUCCUAUUGCUUUUGCUGCUGUUGACAUUUAUAAAAUCUGUGUUUUUAAGCUUUAUUAUUUCCUGUAUAAUAAGUAAUAAUAAAACUAUAUAUAACCUAAUGUCUGGUAAUUCUGGAUACGAUGGAAAUUGUGUACAGUUGAAUGUUUAUUGCAGUUAUUUGUUCUUUUUAAAAGAGCUCACUUUCCUUGCAAUUGUAAACAUCGGUAUCGAUGUGUUUUUCUGAUGUUUCGAGUGAAAAGUGACAGUAGCUUAUUGACUGUAGUAUAGUAUAAAUACUGUAUAUAGUAUAUAUUCUAUUAUAUUUUAGUAUAUUAUGUUUACCACUUUUGGAUAAAUUGUGAAAUAAGUAUCGUAAGAGUUGCUCAACAAAAAUCUUAAAACUCUUCUGUUCUAAUUCUGUAUUCCGAUGUAAUUUGUUUGAUUCUGGCUGCAUCCCAAUUCGCAUACUUCUACUACAUGCUUGUGAAGGGGAAAGUACAUACUUUUGAGUAUGUAGAGAGAUAGUGGCAUACUACUACAACGUUAAAUUACGUCUUGAUUGCACAGACCCCUUUGUCACAUUUUAUUUGUAUUUUGCAUGUAAGCGGUAACAUCUAGCUAAUUCAUUACCUUAAAAUGCAAAAAUUAUUAUGUAAUGUUUAAGUUCAUAUUAAUAACUUAUUUUAAUUUCCAAAAACAAAAUGUUUAGCGGUGUCCCAUUUUUUGCACUCAACCUUGUUUUGUAUUGUAUUCUUAAUUCUUAAGCUGUUCAAUCCAAGUUACUGUAAUAAAAAGGAUCAACAACAAAUAGAUUUCUUUCAUUUAUGGAAAAUAUAAGUAAUAUUACCGCCAAAUGCAUGCAUACUUUCACUGGAAAUGCGUACUAUUUCUAAGCACUAUGAUUUGGGAUGCUCUAAUUCUAACUGUGCAUACUAUAUGAAAUGGAUUGUAUGCAAAUUCAGAUGCAACCUCUGAGUCUUAUUGUGUAUCUCCAUACAAUGGGUUGAUUGAAUCUACUGUAUAUUCAUAUUCACAAUUCACAAACCCUAUCACUUUCUGUGUCCAAGUCAUGGGAAUCACGGAUACUUCACAUGCACUAAUGUGUCCUCUUCUUAACCCAGUGGGAUUAUGGGUAAAUGUUAAGGUAUUGACUUUUCUCUGACCCUUCUGACUCUUUGUCCUUCUUGACUCUUUAGUCAUUUCUCUCUGUUAACUCACUCUGUACAGCUGAAUUUGGUACUUUUAGCUUCAGUGUUUCACCCUGUCAGUUUGUUUUUCCUGUCAUUAUAUAAUACACUGCCUAUUUAAAACCAACUAAA